AUUAAUCAACCAAUUGGAUUAAAGCAGGUUCAAUGUUUUUGAUUCCUUUUAUAAAUAGCAUCGAAGCAAUGAAUCAUUGAACAUUUAUCCAUGGCCAAAGGCGCAUGCUUAUAGGCUACCAUGGUAGAGCAUGCACGUUACAUUCAAUGCUCGGUGAAUACACUGAAGCAUGACCCACGGUAAUGGCUAAGGCUAAGGUAACCACCCCAUGUUUCCAACAUCCAACAGAAAAAAAACCGCCCAACUCAAAACUUCCCUGUCCCAUAAUCUAGUAACUGCCAACACUCCUACAUAAGCAAGACAUCCACCAUUUUUGCACCUUUUUUUUUCUCUUUCAACUCUUCAUUGUCUUUUCGCUAUCUUUUUCUGAAAAUGGAUGAAAACAUUGAUUCUGAUCCUGGGUUUCGGUUCACUUUUUCUCCUACCCAACAUAACAUCGCUGACUUCCCUUCUUCGUCAAGCCAUGUUGUGAAUUCUGAUCCAAAUAACAGCAAGAAACGGUCCAAAUUGAUAAAGAUCGAUGAUGGUCAAUUCCCAACUUGUUCUAGCAUCGUUUCCAGGCCUAAAUAUACCAAAAAACCUGACCCUGCUGCACCAAAGAUUACGCGGCCUUGUAGUGAAUGUGGGAGGAAAUUUUGGUCAUGGAAAGCACUUUUCGGACACAUGCGAUGUCACCCUGAGAGACAGUGGCGUGGAAUCAACCCUCCUCCUAAUCAUCGUCGGCCCGUUUCCCCCGUUACACAGAAGAAUAAUGUCGAGGCCUUGAUCACUGAGGAGGAUCAUGAGAUUGCAGCAUCCUUGUUGAUGCUGGCCAAUGGUACUGCUGCUAGUGAGAGCGAAUGUGAUACAAAUUGUCAACUUGGGGUUCAAGAAAAUGAUGCUUUUGGGGCAAAUUUGGAUGCAAAUUUCAGGUUCGAAUGCUCAAGUUGCAAAAAGGUUUUUGAGUCGCAUCAAGCAUUGGGAGGCCACAGGGCUAGUCACAAGAAUGUACGGGGUUGUUUCGCAGUAACAAGAAGUGAAGGCUAUGAGGUUGAGGAUCAGAGCGGCUAUAAUGAUGGCUUAGUGAAACAAAAUGUGGAAGAUAAUAGUAAGUUGAUGAUGGUUUUGGGUCACAAGUGCAGCAUUUGCUUGAGGGUAUUCUCUAGUGGUCAAGCCUUAGGCGGGCAUAAGAGGUGCCAUUGGGAGAGGGGGUAUGAAACAUCACUGAACCAAGGGCUCAACCUCUUGGCAACAAGGCAAAAUUGCGGUUUGGACCUGAAUUUACCUGCUCCUGUUGAAAAUGAUUCAUCUUCUUUUUCUUCGGGCCUAGCUUUGGAUUUAAGGUUAGGUCUCUGAAGAAAGCUUGAAUUCUUUCAUCUGGCAUCUUUGUUAAAGUUGUGUAUGACUUGUAUGUAACUAGGAUUAGAAUUAUUCUGUACACCUGAUAUUUAACAGUGUAUUCAUUUACCCAAAUUGGAGUACUGGACAACCAGUUUUACGGGCAGCUGAAUAUUCCAAUACCAAAAUACAUAAAAGGUGCGUGGUAAAUGACUGCUUCAGAACUAGAGCAUUCUCAAACUUAAACCAUGAAAUUAUAUAUAUGAUUUUAUUAGAAAAUGAAUUCUUUAUACUUUUUUCCUUUUUGAGGAAACACUAUAGUUCAGUGAUGUCUAUAUUUAGCUAUUAGCACCAAACAUUCCAAAGAUCAAAGAAGCCAAAGAAGAAAUGACACAAAGACAGAAUUCCUACAUCAGCCAUACCUGUGCAUUAUUGUUUGCCAGUCAUCUCCACCAUAUUUUGUUUCUUUCUAUGGAUUGAUUCUCGUGCAUUUAGAUAUAUCUUAUUUGCCAAUCCAUCUCCAAUAGAUUCUCAGCAAGUUCAUCAGCCUAAUGCUUGUUUCCUCCCUUACCCAAGUCAUCAACCAUCGGCAUGAAUGAUGCAGGAUCAAAUCUAUAUCCUUUGAUAGUCAACUUGUGUAACAUACCACUAGAUUACUCUAAUUUCCCAUUUUUAAAAGAGUUUUUCAAUGAGAUCCUUUUAGAGGAAGCCGCCCAGAUGAAAUGAUCUAUCUAACACAGCUUCAAAGACCACUUUAGCUUCUGAACAUUAAACAAUAAAAGGCUUCCCCGUGCCCACACAUGCCAUGCAGAAAGCUUCUACUAACAUCCUGAAGGAAGAAAUAUUAGGGUUUAUACCCUUUGCUGCAUUUCAUCCAAGAUAGACGUCGUGACUUGGAUUUUCCCAUUUUUGCAAAGAGACCAAAUAAUAUUAUUGUAUGUGCAAACAUUAGGAGUAAUCUCUCUUUCUCUCAUCUCAUCCACAAGUCCAUAAAUUUCAAAUAUUUGAUUUUUACUUCCUAAGCAAAGUAUCAGUGAAUUAUAAGUUUGUAUGCUCUUAUUACAUCACUUUUCCCCAUGUCCUUGAGCACUCGAAAUGCAGAUGAGAUCUUUCCUUCUUUACAGAAAAUAUGGAUUAAAGUAUCCAAAAUAACUGGAUCAGGUUGCAAGUUUUUACCUAUCAUCUCUUUGAAUUUCCUUUUAGUUUCAUCUAUCCUUCCAGCCUUGGAUAGAGCACUAAUUACGAUUGACUAUGAAACUAAGUUAGGAAUACAUCUCUUGCUACUGCUAACAUCAUCAACUAGGUCAAUUAAUGAGUUUCCUAAGUUACCUAGAGCACCAUAGGCAUGUCUUCCAUGAUCCAAAUUUAUUGACAAUGAUUAAAGGUUUCCACAGUAACACACGAAAUUUUAGCAGUUCUCAGAUAAGCCACGCAGGCGGUACAAGAUUGAUAGUUUCUGAAACAAUCGCUUUCAAACUCAAAA